AGAGAGAGAGAGAGAGAAAGAGAGAGAGAACGAGAGAGAGAGAGAGAAACUUCCUUCAUUCACUACGCAACUUUGAUGUGUAAAUGUAUAAUCAUUUCGACAGCGUUCCGUUUUGAAACACUAAUCAGGUUAACUCCACACGAAUGUUAGGAUAACACAACUGAACAACUAAACUACACUGAAACAAGAUAAGUUUACGUGACCAUUGAGAUAACACAAACACUUUAGAGUCUGAACUAUCCUUGUAAAUAAAUAUACCUGAACAGAGGUGUCAGAUAUAUUGAGAAUGGUAGUCGUAAUUUUCAUCACUAAUAUAGGAGUUAUCUCCCAAGAGAGCAGAGUGGAAGGAGGGAUCGAACGUCAAGGAAACAUCGAUAGAAAGCUAAGAGACGUAUUUACAGAAGAUGAGUGUUGGCGGUGGCCAGACAAAGAGCAUAGCGGCCAUACGCACAGCUUUGUCAAAAAUCAUUAGCCUGAAUAAUGAUUUCUCGGCAGUCCUCAGGGAGCACGAGGACACGUAUCCUCUGACCAAGACUAAGUCAGUUAACACUUCACCUGGGGACAGAAAAAGAAAACUGGAAGGCUUGAAUGAACCAGAAAAAUCAAAGAAAAAAGCAGAUACCAUCCUAGAGAAGUCAUGCAAUCAGCCACACCAGGUCGAGACAGAGGAAGAGGGCUGUAACAAGACCAUAUGGAAUGUGAGCAGUAUUACAGGGAAGGCGAUUUUGGAAGAGCUUGAGAAAAAUGCUGCAUCCCUGAAUGUUGACAUAUGUGUUGCAGCAAAAAGCCUCGUAAUUGCACAGGUGAAAUUGAUGGCAGGUCUUGCAAGGGAUGGAGAGAACUUUGACAGAAUCGACUGUAAUUUCAGGAUCUUGUUUUCGCGCGGGACAGCGCCGGGCCCGCGCCUCUUUCGUCAUCGGGGAGCUGGCCGCCACGAAUGCCACGCCGCACCUCUUGUGGACACAACAACAGCUCUCAUCUUAUUACUUACGAAAGAGCGUUCUCGGGAUCGUUGCUACUCGCCUUCAUGUUACAUUUGA